AUGGAGGAUGGCUCGGGUGACUGUCACAGUGAGGAACUAGGGUAUGGGCCACACCUGCACCAAAAAUACAAUGAUACAGAAAACUUCAUAAGAAUUGAAGAAGUGGAUGGUGUGGAACUGGUAACAGAAUUUGGAACGAAGAUGAAAGAAAUGUUAGGAAGGAAAGUUGAGGCAAUAAAGAGACUGGUAGAUGCUGCGGAGGAAGCUGAUUUAUAUCAUGAAUAUAAGAUGGAUUUUGAGUAUGAUUAUUACAAUUCUGUGUUGAUCAAUGAGGUAGAUGAAAACGGCAACUAUGUGGAACUAGGAAAUCAGUUUAUUUUGGAAGAAAAUGAGCAUUUCAAUAAUUUGCCAGUGAACACCUCACUUAGCAACAUACAAGUUCCAACUAAUGUAUAUAACAAAGAUCCUAACAUUUUGAAUGGAGUUUAUUGGUCAGAAGCAUUAAAUACAGUCUUUUAUGAAAACUUCAUGCAAGACCCAACUCUCACCUGGCAAUACUUUGGAAGUUCCACUGGUUUCUUUCGACUUUACCCAGGUAUAAAAUGGAAGCCAGAUGGAAAUGGAGUCAUUUCUUUUGACUGCAGGAACAGAGGCUGGUAUAUUCAGGCUGCAACUUCCCCAAAGGAUAUCAUCAUACUGUUAGAUAUCAGUGGCAGUAUGAAAGGUCUCAGAAUGACAAUUGCCAAACAUACCAUCAAUACAAUCCUGGAUACUCUGGGUGAAAAUGAUUUUGUCAAUAUUAUUGCUUACAAUGACUACGUUCAUUAUGUUGAGCCCUGCUUCAAAGGAACAUUGGUGCAGGCUGACAGGGAUAACCGAGAGCACUUCAAGCAACUGGUUGAAAAUCUUAAUGCCAAAGGGACAGGAAUUGUAAAUAAGGGACUCAUUGAAGCUUUCAUAAUCUUGAAUGAGUUCAAUGAGACUGGACAAGGCAGCCUGUGUAAUCAGGCUAUCAUGCUGAUCACAGAUGGUGCAGUUGAAGAAUAUGAACCAGUGUUUGAACAAUACAAUUGGCCUGACUGUAAGGUGCGCCUGUUUACAUAUUUGAUUGGCCGGGAGGUGACAUUUGCUGACCAUGUCAAGUGGAUAGCAUGCAACAAUAAGGGAUAUUAUACUCACAUUUCAACUCUGGCUGAUGUUCAAGAGAAUGUCAUGGAAUAUCUUCAUGUUCUCAGCCGCCCAAUGGUAAUUAACCAUAAUCAUAACAUUAUAUGGACAGAAGCAUACAUGGACAGUGCACUGUUUCAAUCAGCUGCACAGAGUCUGCUGCUCAUGACAACAGUAGCAAUGCCAGUCUUCAGCAGAAAGAAUGAAACAAGAGCACAUGGAAUUCUCCUGGGGGUUGCAGGUUCAGAUGUUCCGCUGAGAGAACUAUUGAAACUUGCUCCGAGGUAUAAGCUUGGAAUCCAUGGUUAUGCAUUCCUGAAUACCAAUAAUGGUUAUAUACUUGCUCAUCCUGAUCUCCGACCUUUGUAUAAAGAAGGGAAAAAAGUGAAGCCAAAGCCAAAUUAUAACAGUGUGGAUCUGUCAGAGGUGGAAUGGGAGGACGAAGAUGAAAUUCUGAGAACAGCCAUGGUGAAUGGAGAAACGGGAACAAUGUCAAUGAAUGUGAAAGUACCAGUUGAUGAAGGAAAACGCAUCUUAUUUCUAACAAAUGACUACUUUUACACAAAUAUUGAUGACACGCCUUUCAGUCUGUGUAUUGUUCUUACAAGGGGUCAUGGUGAAUCUCUAUUCAUUGGAAAUGUAUCUGUGGAAGAAGGGUUACAUGACAUAGACCAACCUGAUGUGACACUUGCCAAUGAAUGGAUUUAUUGUGUAACUGACAUUGACACAGACCAUCGCAAGCUAUCGCAAAAAGAGGCUGUAAUUCGUUAUCUUUCGGGUCUGGAACCAGAUCUGGAAUGUGAUGAGGAACUGGUCCAAGAGGUUCUCUUUGAUGCUGUAAUAACUGCUCCAGUUGAAGCAUACUGGACAGCCAUAGCCAUGAAUGUUUCAGAAAAUAAUGAAGAUGGCAUUGAGAUGGCUUUUCUGGGCACUCGUGCAGGCCUGAUGCGAAGUAAUCUUUUUAUUGGAGAUGAAAAGCUCUCAAACAAAAAGUUCCUUACAACUCGAGACAGAUCUAGUAUUUUCACCAUGGAUCAUUUCCCUCUCUGGUACCGACGAGCCGCUGAGCAUCCAGCUGGACAUUUUGUUUACUACAUAGCCUUUGAGGCAGACAUGGGAAAGAAAAAUAGAAAGAAAAUGGUGACAACCAGUACCAAGGUGACAGUUACUGUGAACAAGAAGACAGCUAUUGCAGCAGCUGUUGGUGUACAAAUUAAUCUUGCAAUAUUGCGCCAGAAAUUCUGGACUUUUACUCGACAGUGCAGCGAAAUUGAAGGAAGAUGUCCCAUCAGCUGUGAAGACGAUGGUCUGAACUGUUUCUUAGUGGACAACAAUGGAUUCAUUCUAAUCUCCAAGAAUGAGGAAGAUACAGGAAAGUUCCUGGGAGAAGUGGAUGGAUCAAUAAUGACACAACUGGUAAACAUGGGAAUGUUCAAUGAGGUGAAACUUUAUGAUUAUCAAGCUAUGUGCAAAACACAUACCAACCACCACAGUGGAUCAGAGCCAAUGCUUAGUCCCUUAUACAUUUUUCUUGCUGCUCUGAAAUGGUUCCUGAACAACUUAUUCAUAUUUUUGGUUGAAUUCCAGCUUUGUAGCCUGUGGAAUGUAGAUGAUGUAGUAAAUGCCAAGUCAGUGUUCCAUUUUGGUCACAAGCAUCGGAAAUUGGAUGUCUUUCAGCCCUGCAACACGGAGUAUCCCGCAUUUGUGUAUGAUUCCACGAUCAAAGAAACCAAUGGAUUUAUUGAAUGUGGUGUCUGUCAGAAAAUGUUUGUGGUACAACAAAUUGAAAAUAGUAACCUACUUCUUCUAGUGACUGAAGCAUACUGUGACUGCAGCAUCUUCCCACCAGUCCUACUGGAACCGAAAGAAGUAAAAUAUAAUGCAUCUGUGAAAUGCCAGCGUAUGCGAUCGCAAAAGAUAAGGCGUCGACCUGAUACAUGCCAUGCUUUCCAUCCUGAGGAAAAUGCAGAGGAGUGUGGAGGGGUUUCGGGGAUCUCUCCAUCUGGAGUCCUGCUAGCAUUUAAUCUGGGCAUGGCUGCUGCUGUUUUAUGA